CCCGUGGUGCCCCCGCGGCCUAGGACAGGCAGCUCCGGGGGCCUGGCCCACCCUGCAGCCCCUGGGAGGCCGCGGGGACGGGGCAGAGCGCGCGCCCUUGGAUGAGGUCCCGCAGCGACGCCCCGGCCCGCCCCGCUCCUCCUCCUGCCCGGCCAAGCUGCCUCCCAUUUGGGGAGUUGUGUGGGUUUUCUUUCUCCUCCUCCAACCUCCGGGGAGGCCACGAUUCAGGCGCCUCAGCCUGGGGCCGCCUCCAUGGUGCGGGUCAGCCGCUGCUGAAGUCAGCGAAACCGAGCCUGGCCUGGAGCUGGCCACGAGGAAGGCCAAGGCCAUGGCCAUAGCCACGUCGGCGCAGCUGGCCCGGGCGCUAUACGACAACACAGCGGAGUCCCCGCAGGAGCUGUCCUUCCGCCGCGGGGACGUUCUGCGGGUACUGCAGAGGGAAGGCGCUGGUGGGCUGGAUGGCUGGUGCCUCUGCUCCCUGCAUGGCCAGCAGGGCAUCGUGCCUGCCAACAGAGUGAAGCUCCUUCCGGCUGGCACAGCACCCAAGCCUGGCCUCUCCCAGGUGCCCCCAACCGAGCCAGGCUCACCACAUCCAGCCCCAGAGCACGGCAGUGAGGACCAGGAGUUGUACGUGGUGCCACCUCCAGCUCGACCCUGUCCUACCUCAAGACCUCCAGCUGGACCCUGCCCACCCUCCCCUGACCCCAUCUACAAGGUCCCCAGAGGUGGUGGGACCCAACUGGCUGGCCCUGGAGCUGCCUUGGAGGUCUACGACGUACCCCCCACUGCCCUCCGCGCUCCCUGCAGUGGCCCCUAUGACUCCCCAGCCUCCUUUGCCCGCCCUCUGGCUCAGGUUGCCCCCCAGUCCCUUGGAGAGGAUGAAGCUCCCUAUGAUGUGCCUCUGGCCCCGAAGUCACCAUCAGACCUGGAGCCAGAUCUGGAGUGGGAGGGGGGCCGGGAGCCAGGGCCCCCGCUCUACGCUGCCCCCUCCAACCUGAAACGAGCAUCGGCCCUGCUCAAUCUGUACGAAGCACCAGAGGAACUGCUGGCAGACGGGGAAGGCGGGGGCGCUGACGAGGGCAUCUAUGACGUCCCCCUGCUGGGGCCGGAGACACCCCCUUCUCCAGAGCCCCUGGGAGCUUCGGCCUCCAGUGACCCGGACACCCUGGCCCUCCUUCUGGCCAGAAGCCCCCCGCCCCCACACAGGCCCCGGCUGCCCUCAGCCGAGAGUCUGUCCCGCCGCCCUCUGCCUGCCUUGCCUGUGCUGGAGGCCCCCAGCCCUUCCCCGGCUCCUUCUCCUGCUCCGGGCCGGAAGGGCAGCAUCCAGGACAGGCCGCUGCCCCCACCCCCUCCGCGCCUGCCUGGCUACGGGGGCCCCAAGGUGGAGGGGGAUCCGGAGGGCAGGGAGGUGGAGGACCACCCUGCAGAACACCACAAUGAGUACGAGGGCAUCCCGGUGGCCGAAGAGUACGACUAUGUCCACCUGAAGGGCAUGGAUAAGGCUCAGGAAGCCAGGCCUCCAGAUAAGGCCUCCCCAGGGGAUCCCGAACAGCUGGAGAGGGGGCCGCCAGAGCAGCAGGAGGCCCUGUCCCCCGGGGAGCCACUGGUUCUGCCCACUGGAGAUCUACAGCUCCUGCACUUCUACGCCGGGCAGUGCCAGGGCCACUACUCAACACUGCAGGCGGCUGUGGCGGCCCUGAUGUCCAGCACCCAGGCAAACCAGCCCCCGCGCCUCUUUGUGCCCCACGGCAAGCGGGUGCUGGUGGCUGCUCAUCGCCUGGUGUUCAUUGGGGAUACCCUGGGCCGCCUGGCAGCCUCUGCCCCGCUGCGAGCACAGGUCGGGGCUGCGGGCACAGUGCUGGGCCAGGCAUUGCGGGCCACCGUGCUGGCCAUAAAGGGGGCCGCCCUGGGCUACCCAUCCAGCCCUGCAGCCCAAGAGAUGGCGCAGUGCGUGGCGGACCUGGCAGGGCGGGCCCUGCAGUUCACCACUCUGCUCACCAGCCUGGCGCCCUGAGCCCCUCGUCUCCUCUCUGCCUUCACCUGCCUCCCAGAGCCGCCCCAGUCCUCAGGUGGCUGGAGGGCUCUGUUUUCGGGACUAGGAGACACUGAGGCAUCCUUCCCCCUUACUGCCCUUUCCAGGCAUCUCAGCCUCUCACUGAGGCCCCUCCGCCCCUACCCCACAGCUUUUUGUACGAGCCAUUUUGUAUAAAUUAUUUAUAUUUAAUAUUAUUCCCUGCUUUGUCAGGGGCAGGACCUUCCUCCUCCCUCAGCCUGGGGUGGAGGUUCUUAGACUCUGCAAGGCCAACCCCCUCUGGAAUCGUAACCCCACAGAGAGCCAAGUAGCUGAAACCUAGAGCCACCAGGAGCCCCUUUUUUGUCCUGUAUCUUGGCUCUGGAACAUCAGCGCCUCCCUGUUAGCUGAGAGCGAGGGCAAAACAUUGGCAGCCCAGAGUGGGAAGGUCUGGGCGAGGCCAGAGGACUCCUCCACACAGAAGCAGGAGAGCUGGGCCUCUGACAUGGUGCACCUCAAUAAACCCGGGCUUUCUGGUUCCCCGACUCUGCUUCCUGGGAGCCUGGGGGGCAGGCCUUGGCCAAACUGUUGGGACACACACUGUGGGCAGUCUGCCUUUAGGGUUUGUGGGGAAAUUCUGCUGUUCCUCCAACUAUUCAUCUAGCAGGUUCUCAGCUCCCAUGAUGUGCCAGGCACAGUUCUGAAGGUCCAUUGUGGGGGUGGGCUGGAUAUAAACAAGUCAGCUGAAACAAGUAAAUAAAAAAAAAAAGGAACCUGCCACAGAGUUGAUAGUUGCUAGUAAUGGAAAUGAACAGGGUGAUAUGUGACUAAGUAGAUGGGGAGAGGCCAUUGGAGACUUUAGACAGGAUUGCUGGGGAGGUGGUAUCUGUGCUGAGACCCCGAGGAUGAGAGAACCAAGAAUAGUCUGCAACGUAGCAUUCUGGGAAGGCAGGCCCUGAUUCCUGACCAAGGCCUCUCCUCCAAGACCGAUGUCAGAUGAUGUCAUUAGAAAGUUGUACACAUGGGGAGGGAGGCCACGAGAGAGCCUUGAUGGUGCCCUGCUGAAGAGGUCACCCCAGCUGUGACCCACUGGAGAGAACUGGCCUGGGUGCCCUCUCCCUUAGGUUAACGCAAGAGGGUCUAGUUCCUUAAACUCCCCUUCCCGACUCCCUGCUGACUGUCCUUCCGGACACGCCACCUUCUGGAGGAGCUGAGGGGCCAAUAAAUUCAAUGUGUUGGAAAUCCAUA